AUGUACAUCAAACAGAUUAUUAUACAGGGCUUCAAAAGCUACAGAGAUCAGACCGUCAUAGAGCCAUUUGACCACAGACACAAUGUUGUUGUUGGUCGAAAUGGCUCUGGAAAAAGCAACUUCUUCUAUGCGAUCCAGUUCGUGCUGAGCGACGAGUUCUCGCACUUGCGGCCCGACCAGCGGCAGGCGCUGCUGCACGAGGGCACCGGACCGCGCGUCAUCUCCGCCUACGUCGAGAUCAUCUUCGACAACUCGGACGGCCGACUGCCGAUCGACAAGGAGGAGGUCUAUCUGCGACGCGUGAUCGGCUCCAAGAAGGACCAGUACUUCCUGAACAAGAAGGUGGUCCCCAAAUCGGACGUGAUGAACCUGCUGGAGUCGGCCGGCUUCUCCCGCUCCAACCCGUACUACAUCGUCAAACAGGGCAAGAUCAACCAGAUGGCGACGGCGCCUGACUCGCAGCGUCUGAAGCUGCUGAGAGAGGUGGCCGGCACGCGCGUCUACGACGAGCGGCGCGAGGAGUCCAAGGUCCUGCUCAAAGAGUGUGAGAGCAAGCGGGAGAAGAUCGAAGAGUUUCUGCGCACCAUCGAGGAUCGGCUUUCGGCGCUGGAGGAGGAGAAGGAGGAGCUGAAGGAGUACCAGAAGUGGGACAAGAUGCGCCGCUCGCUCGAGUACACCAUCCACGACCGCGAGCUCAAGGACAACAGGAAGAAACUGGACGACAUGGAGAACCAGCGGAACAACUCUGGAAAGGAGCAAGAAAAGUUGAAAUCUCAACUCCAGAACGCCCAAGAGAAGGCGAAAACCGCCGCCAAGGAACUGAAAGAUGUGAAAAGUAAGGUGGGCUCUGCCAAAGAGGAGCGCGACGCCUACAACGCCGAGAACCAGCAGCUGCUGAAGGACCGCACUAGGCUGGAGCUGACCAUCCGCGACCUGUCGGACGAGGUCAUGGGCGAUAACAAGUCCAAGGAGCGGGCGGAGCAGGAGCUGGACAAGCUGCGCCAGACCAUCAACCAGAAGGAGGCCGAACUGGAGAAGAACCGGCCGCAGUACGAGGAGAUGAAGCGCAAGGAAGAGGAGUGCACCCGGGAGCUCGGUCUCAAGGAGCAGAAGCGCAAGGAGCUGUACGCGAAGCAGGGUCGCGGCAGUCAGUUCACGUCCAAGGACCAGCGCGACCAGUGGAUCCAGAAGGAGCUCAAGUCGCUCAACAAGCAGAUCAAGGACAAGAAGGAGCAGAUCGACCGUCUGUCGGAGGACCUGACCCGGGACGCGGAGAAGAAGGUGCAGCUGGAGAAGCGGAUCGAGGAGAUGACAGGCGAGAUGGACCGCUAUCGCUUAAGCAUCGAUGAUCACAACAAGGGCUUUUACGAUAUGAAGAAGCGGAAGGACCAGCUGCAGAGCGAGCGAAACGAGCUCUGGCGCAAGGAGAACAACCUGCAGCAGACGCUGGCGUCGCUGAAGGAGGAGCUCAGCCGGGCCGACCAGUCGCUGCGCUCGAUGGCCGGCAAGCCGAUCCUGAACGGGCGCGACUCGGUGCGCAAGGUGCUGGACACGUUCCGCGAGCGCGGCGGCCAGUGGGCCGAGUACGCCGGCGCCUACUACGGCCCCGUGAUCGAGCUGUUCGAUUGCGAGAAGACCAUCUACACGGCCGUCGAGGUCACAGCCGGCAACAGGCUGUUUCACCAUGUGGUGGACUCGGACAAGGUGGGCACGCAGAUCCUGAAGGAGAUGAACAAGCAGAAGCUGCCGGGCGAGGUGACCUUCAUGCCGCUGAACCGGCUGGCCGUGCGAGACAUCGAGUACCCGCAGACGAACGACGCGAUUCCGAUGGUGAGCAAGAUGAACUACGACGACCGCUACGACAAGGCCCUGAAGUACAUCUUCGGCCGCACUCUGAUCUGCCGCAACCUGGAGGUUGCCACCCAGCUGGCCAAGACCAACCGGCUCGACUGUGUCACGAUGGACGGAGACCAGGUGAUGAGCAAGGGCUCGCUAACGGGCGGCUACUUCAAUACGUCACGCUCCCGUCUGGAGAUCCAAAAGACGCGCAGCGAGUUCAUGCAGCAGAUUACCGAGUCGGAGGACGAGUUCUCCACCCUCAAGGACCAGCUGCGCAGCACCGAGUCGGAGAUCAACAAGAUCGUCUCCGAGAUGCAGCGCACCGAGACAAAGAACAGCAAGGCCAAGGACGUGUUCGACAAGGUCAAGGCCGACAUCCGGCUGAUGAAGGAGGAGCUGAACGGCAUCGAGCGCUCGCGCCAGCCUAAGGAGCGCUCUCUGAAUACGCUGCGCGCCAACCUGGAGGCGAUGCAAAGCACGAAGGAGGGUCUGGAGUCGGAACUACACCAGGACCUCAUGACCACGCUCUCGGUCGAGGAUCAGCACGAGGUGGACAAACUGAACGACGACAUUCGCCGCCUGACCCGUGAGAACAAGGAGGCGUUCAGUCUGCGUAUGAAGCUGGAGGCGGAGAAGAACAAGCUGGAGAACCUGCUGACCAACAACCUGAACCGACGCAAGGACGAGCUGAUGCAGGCGCUGCAGGAGAUCAGUGUAGAAGACAGAAAGCGACAGCUGGAGCACAGCAAGGCGGAGCUGCAGCGCUCCGAGGAGAAAAUUGCCGACGUCAGCAAGAACCUGAAGGACUUCGAGAAGAAGGUCAGCUCACUGCAGAAGAAGCAGAAAGAGGCACAAAAGGAGGUGGAGACGUGGAAGACCAAGGAGAAGGAAGUGCAGGAACGUAUCGACGAGGAUGCCAAGGAUUUGGAGAAGAUGGCUUCCAGGCAAAACGUGUUGCAGAACAAGAUACAGGAGUGCACAAAAAAGAUUCGUGAGCUGGGUUCACUGCCAUCGGAUGCGUUUGACAAGUACCAGAACCUGAGCUCCAAGCAGCUGUUCAAGAAACUAGAGCAGUCCAACAGUGAGCUGAAGAAGUACAGCCAUGUCAACAAGAAGGCUCUGGACCAGUUUGUACACUUCAGUGAGCAAAAGGAGAAGCUGAUGCAGCGCAAGGAUCAGCAAAAUAGAGGCUACGACAAGAUCAUGGAACUGAUGUCGGUGCUGGAGCAGCGCAAGUUCGAGGCCAUCCAGUUCACGUUCAAGCAGGUGUCGAAGAACUUCACUGAGGUGUUCGGAAAGCUCGUGCCCCAGGGCCACGCGCAGCUGGUGAUGAAGACCGACCAGGACGACGACGAGGACGCGGAGCCCCGCGCUACCACCGUCGACUCGUUCACGGGCGUCGGCAUCCGGGUGUCGUUCAGCGGCAAGCACGCCGAGAUGCGCGAGAUGAACCAGCUGUCGGGCGGCCAGAAGUCGCUGGUGGCGCUGGCGCUCAUCUUCGCCAUCCAGAAGUGCGACCCGGCGCCGUUCUACCUGUUCGACGAGAUCGACCAGGCGCUGGACGCGACGCACCGUAAGGCGGUGGCCGACAUGAUCCACGAGCUCGCGACCGAGGCCCAGUUCAUCACGACCACCUUCCGACCCGAACUGCUCGAGCACGCUAACAAGUUCUACGGCGUCAAGUUCAGGAAUAAGGUGUCCCACGUGGUGUGCGUCACUCGCGAGGAGGCGUACGACUUCGUGGAGGACGACGCCACCCACUCGUAGCCGGCCGGCCGGCUGCGAGUGGCCCAUGGCGUCGGGCGCGCUGCCGCCGUGACGCGCUCUUGACCGCCGCGGCCGGGCAGGCGCGGGCGGCCCGGCCUCCCGCCCUGCGCGGCGUCUUCACCCGCCGCGUCCGAUGGCGGGCUCGUGUACAAAGCCAGGCCCGGUGGCGGGUGGCCCUGGUGCGGGACGGAACACUGGCGCGUGCGGGUGGAGAUACUGACCAGCGACCGGCGACUCGCUCGGCUUUGCUAUGCUUUGUCCAUUCGCAGCGCUGCGUGGCUGGUGGAGCAGUAGCUCGGUAUGUUUUAUUCGUGUCUGGACUGGGCGCGCGAGGGCCGUUCAUAUGCUCAUAUUUUCCGAUUCAGUUCCAUGUGUGACCGUUCGAAGGUCGUUUGAAGCUAGUAAUUGCCUGCACUGGUACGAUUACUGCUCCUCAUCGUCUUCAUCUCAAUAUGUGAAGAUAGUAUCUGCUUGAUUAGAAAUACAGUUCAGUGUUGUGUU